GAUGGAAGCUGUUGGACCCCUUCCUAGUAUUGACAGUGACCAAGCAAUAGUUGUUCUGACUUCGAUUUUUCCAGUAAAAAAUUUACGCUUGGGCUGAUAUGGGGGUUCCGAAGUUUUUUCGCUAUAUCAGCGAAAGGUAUCCAUGCCUGAGCGAAUUGGCGCGCGAGCACAGCAUUCCUGAAUUCGACAACCUUUACCUGGACAUGAAUGGCAUCGUCCACAACUGCUCUCAUCCGGAUGACAACAACAUACACUUUUACAUGGAGGAACAGCAGAUAUUUCAGGAGAUAUUCAACUAUGUGGAUAAGCUAUUCUACCUGAUUAAACCUCAGAAACUCUUCUUCCUGGCUGUGGAUGGAGUUGCCCCAAGGGCGAAAAUGAAUCAGCAAAGAAGUCGUCGCUUCCGCUCUUCUCGAGAGGCUGAGUUGCAGGAGGCCAAAGCGCUGCAAAGAGGAGAAAAGCGGGAGCACGAGCGCUUUGAUAGUAACUGUAUCACACCAGGCACUGAUUUCAUGGAGCGGCUGCAACAGGGUCUCCGUUGCUUCCUCAAGACAAAGAUCUCCACAGAUCCACUCUGGCAGAAGUGCUCUGUGAUUCUCAGUGGACAGGAGACGCCGGGCGAGGGUGAACACAAGAUUAUGGACUACAUACGCUAUAUGAAGGCCCAACCUAACUUUGACCCCAACACCAGGCACUGUUUGUAUGGCCUGGACGCGGAUCUUAUCAUUCUGGGUAUGUGCACGCACGAGUUGCACUUUGUGGUUCUACGCGAGGAAGUCAAGUUUGGGCGAAAUGUUAAACGUGCUUCCGUAGAAGAGACGCGCUUUUUUCUCUUACAUCUCGGACUGCUUCGGGAGUACCUUGAACUGGAGUUCCACGAGCUGACCACCGCUCAACAGAAACUAGACGUGGCCCAGCUAAUCGAUGACUGGGUCCUUAUGGGCUUCUUGGUCGGCAACGAUUUCAUUCCCCAUCUGCCCUGCCUUCAUAUCUCAUCCAAUGCCCUACCGCUGUUGUACAAGACUUACAUACGCAUUCACCAUUCCCUUGGUGGCAACAUCAACGAACACGGCAAGCUCAACCUGCAGCGACUGCAAACCUUCAUGACGGCUCUUAGCGAAGUAGAGUUGGAGCAGUACAAGGAGCACGCCGACGAUCUAAAAUAUACGAAUUCCAAUACAGAGGCCUUUGACAUAGACAUUCAAGAGAAAUCUUCCAAAAACUACGAAUCUGACCUGGAAGCCUUGAUCGAUGACAGCAUUAAGCUCUACACGGACGACAGUGAGGAGGAUCUAAGCGACGAAGAAUGUGGCAUGAUAAAAGAGUUCCAAAACUACAAACGUAACUAUUACCGUAACAAGUUUAAUAUUGGCUCGCGGGGACAGAAUCAGCUGAUCGAAAAUUUGGGGCAACACUAUGUGACGGCGCUGCAGUGGAUCCUGGAUUAUUAUUAUAGGGGCGUGCAAUCGUGGGACUGGUACUAUCCCUUUCACUAUGCCCCUUUCAUCAGUGACCUGAAUAGUAUCGAGACUGUUAAGAUAAAGUUCCAGUUAGGUACGCCUUUUCUUCCCUUCGAACAGUUACUCGCUGUUUUGCCGGCAGCCAGCUUCAGGCUCCUUCCUGCUGCCUAUCACGAUCUCAUGCUGAAACCGACCAGCCCGUUGGCGGAAUUUUACCCCACGGAAUUUAAAAGCGAUCUGAAUGGUAAAAAGCACGACUGGGAGGCCGUCGUUCUAAUACCUUUCAUAGACGAGUGCCUACUACUCAGCGCAAUGCGACCCUGCGAAGCUCAGCUUUCGACCGAGGAGAGAGCUCGAAAUAGGCACGGACCUAUGUACCAGUACGACUACAGUCCCCACGAUGCGGGCUCGAUGGCAGCCCUGCCACCGCUGAAGGCUCUGCAGCGCGUCAACUGCACCGAAGUGGCCCUGUGGGCCGGAGAUAUUACCCUGAAUCUCUCAUACAGUGUUUGUGUUGAAAUGCCGAAUUCGGCGCGUCACGUCUUCUUCCCUGGCUUUCCUACUAUGAAGCAUCUAUCCUUCGAUUUUGAGUUGCGGCACGGUCGGGUAAAAGUCUUUGAGCAAGUCAGCCGCAACCAAAACAUGGUGUUGAUGCCACGAAAGCAAUUGGUGGAUGAUUCUUUGGAUUCAUUUGCUGCACGGUAUUUGGAACAGGUGGUGCACAUUGGAUGGCCCCAUCUUAUAAUGGCCAAGGUUGUAAAGGUCGCCACACGAAACCAGUGUAUCGACAAGGAGGGAAAGUCUUCCAACGAAUCGCGAUGCUUUGAUAUGGAGUGCAAGACGCUGCAAGAACACUUUAGUACGCGCAUGGGCAUUCAGUUCGACAACUACGAUGUUCUCGUAUACGUUCGAACGUACGCGGGAAGCUCCGUCCAUUUUGGCGCAAAGGGCACUGUGCAAAUGAAGGAUGCCUGGAGCAGCAGUAUUACUGAAUACCCUGCUCAGGGCUUGGUAUGCGAAUUGUCUGUGCAAAAGAACAUGCGCCAGCAAUUCUCCAAAAUAGAGCAACUUUUCCCCUCCGGCAGCUUAGUGUUUUUCAUCGGCAGUCCUUAUUAUGGUAGCGAAGGCACUGUGCUGGACCCACUGCUCAUCUAUAGCUGCGGACGCAUCCAGAUAAAUAUUCGGGUUUAUCCCGAGCCGAACCUGGAGGAGGCGCGUCUGGAGCAGGAGGAACGCGAUAAGGACUAUAUAAAUACCUUCGACGUCUGCCGCCAACUGAACAUCAAUGGCAGAGCCCUGGGCCGUCUGACCGGCACCUUCUGGGUGGUGCUCGGCCCGCGGCGCGAAAAGAUGGAAAACGUAGCCAAACACAAUAUAGGACUCCAGUUGAAGUAUCCCCGACAGAACGAGGAGCGGGCUGGUUACUGCCGUCGCUCAAACAACCAGUGGUUCUACUCUAGCCUAGCCCUCAAGCUGAUGCAAAGAUACUGCGAGCGCUUUUCUAAGGUAGUCAAGUACUUCGGUGUCAGCAACGAUAGGAACGAGUACUUUUUUGAACAAGACAUUUUCCCGGAUGCCAUGGGUCAACACCAUAUUGAGGAUCUGGCUAAUUGGGUCCGUCAGCAACCGCACAUGAAGGUGGAUCGCAUUGCCUGCGGCUCCAAGACAGUCUGCAAGGAAACUGUGGAACAGCUGAUUGUCGCCGUCGAGGAGCUGCGUCCAAUGCCUGUGAAGGAUGUAAAGCUGCAGGUGAAGCCGCACCUCCUCAUUAAACCAAAUGUCACACUGCCCGAAGUGUAUAAAUCACGUCGACCUGUGCGCCUCUUCGAUCGCGUCAUUAUCGUUCGCACCAUCUACAUGGUUCCAGUCGGCAUCAAAGGCACUGUCAUUGGCGUACACCCUGUCACCGAUCCCAAUCCUGUUCGGCUAGAGUGCGUUCAUGCCAUCGACACCUUCUGUGAGGUUCUCUUCGACAAGUCCAUUCCCAACUGCAACGACAUCCACGGCAUAGCGGAGGAGCGUGUUUACAAGAUACCAGAAAAUGCUCUCAUUGUAAUUUGCUUAAAUGAAAAUGGACAGAAUCAGCAGUCAGAAAUUCAGAAAAGGCGACAGAGCUUUCAUCAUUCCAACCAAACGAACGCCCCUCGUAUAGAAAAGCGAGAACAACAGAAUAUAAAGCUACAACGGCAGCAGCAGCACCCACAGGUGACUAGCAGCCGUUAUGUUACGGCUGCAGGGUCGAACUGGAAUGAAAUCACGAUGAAAGCUGAGAUAGCCCAUGAGUUUGUCAAGCCGCGGUCCGACUUCCCGUCUAAAUUUGAGCAGGCCAAGUCGGCUCAAGAUGGUGCACGCCAUCAGCAAUGUUUUUUUGCCAACCGGGGUCGUUCGACCUUGCAAACUAAGCCUCAAGCGGAGGACACAAAGGAAAGUUGUGGCCAGAGCUCUACUCGACUUCAGGGAGGCAGUGUUGGCACAGUGCCGAAACCAAGCAUCACAUCGCCAGCGAUCGCGACACCACAAGAACAGACUCUAGCUCUCAUGUCGCUUCUGGGCUUGAAUAAAGAGCAGGACUCACUGCAGCAGCCACUUGGUCAUGUAACUCGUAUGUACCCGCAACAGCAACAGCCGCUGAAAUUUCAAUCACAAAUAGUGGAGCGACCACUUCCUGGACAAAUGCCUAAACUGCCACAGCCUCCGCUCUUUUGGCAGAAGGAGGCUCAGCAGCAAAAACAGGCACAACAAGCCAACCGCGUUCAGAGCCAACAUUGCUUUAAAUCUCUGCAGACACUGGAGGUAGAUCUUCGUCAGAAAGAUGCGUGUCUCGCACAGCAGCAUGCUAAUCACCAGAAUCAAAUACAACAACGGCAUUCUCAACAGAUGCCCCCCCAUAUUUCCCCAAUGACUAAUAACAACGGAAACCAAGCAUAUUAUAAUAAACAACUGGGGCAUGAAGUCUACAAUAACAGCAACCCUCGGACAACACUUGAGCAGAAACAGUAUCAGGCACAACAUCCCCAGCAUCUGCAAUAUAUAGUCAGUUCCAGACCUCAUUAUUCUUCUAUAAAAGACUUUGUGCCCAUACAGGCAUAUCGUCCCAAGAUAUCGCAGCGCCCUCAAUCCAUCGGUCAAAUAGAGGCAGAAGUGCCGUCAUCGACAACAGAAGGAGAACCUUCGACAUCACAAGCUGAAUGUACUACCAUGUUAGCUGGGAAGGUCGAUUCAGGUGCAGGUGCAGAAGCAGAUGCAGGUGGAGGAUCCACAGCAGCCCAGUGCGCCUCUUCGAUCGCGUCAUUAUCGUUCGCACCAUCUACAUGGUUCCAGUCGGCAUCAAAGGCACCGUCAUUGGCGUACACUGUCACCGAUCCCAAUCCUGUUCGGCUAGAGUGCGUUCAUGCCAUCGACACCUUCUGUGAGGUUCUCUUCGACAAGUCCAUUCCCAACUGCAACGACAUCCACGGCAUAGCGGAGGAGCGUGUUUACAAGAUACCAGAAAAUGCUCUCAUUGUAAUUUGCUUAAAUGAAAAUGGACAGAAUCAGCAGUCAGAAAUUCAGAAAAGGCGACAGAGCUUUCAUCAUUCCAACCAAACGAACGCCCCUCGUAUAGAAAAGCGAGAACAACAGAAUAUAAAGCUACAACGGCAGCAGCAGCACCCACAGGUGACUAGCAGCCGUUAUGUUACGGCUGCAGGGUCGAACUGGAAUGAAAUCACGAUGAAAGCUGAGAUAGCCCAUGAGUUUGUCAAGCCGCGGUCCGACUUGCCGUCUAAAUUUGAGCAGGCCAAGUCGGCUCAAGAUGGUGCACGCCAUCAGCAAUGUUUUUUUGCCAACCGGGGUCGUUCGACCUUGCAAACUAAGCCUCAAGCGGAGGACACAAAGGAAAGUUGUGGCCAGAGCUCUACUCGACUUCAGGGAGGCAGUGUUGGCACAGUGCCGAAACCAAGCAUCACAUCGCCAGCGAUCGCGACGCCACAAGAACAGACUCUAGCUCUCAUGUCGCUUCUGGGCUUGAAUAAAGAGCAGGACUCACUGCAGCAGCCACUUGGUCAUGUAACUCGUAUGUACCCGCAACAGCAACAGCCGCUGAAAUUUCAAUCACAAAUAGUGGAGCGACCACUUCCUGGACAAAUGCCUAAACUGCCACAGCCUCCGCUCUUUUUGGCAGAAGGAGGCUCAGCAGCAAAACAACAGGCACAACAAGCCAACCGCGUUCAGAGCCAACAUUGCUUUAAAUCUCUGCAGACACUGGAGGUAGAUCUUCGUCAGAAAGAUGCGUGUCUCGCACAGCAGCAUGCUAAUCACCAGAAUCAAAUACAACAACGACAUUCUCAACGGAUGCCCCCCCAUAUUUCCCCAAUGACUAAUAACAACGGAAACCAAGCAUAUUAUAAUAAACAACUGGGGCAUGAAGUCUACAAUAACAGCAACCCUCUGACAACACUUGAGCAGAAACAGUAUCAGGCACAACAUCCCCAGCAUCUGCAAUAUAUAGUCAGUUCCAGACCUCAUUAUUCUUCUAUAAAAGACUUUGUGCCCAUACAGGCAUAUCGUCCCAAGAUAUCGCAGCGCCCUCAAUCCAUCGGUCAAAUAGAGGCAGAAGUGCCGUCAUCGACAACAGAAGGAGAAGUAAACUCCCGAACUAGUCCUCGGAAGGCAGUACCAGAAAAAAUUACUGCUGCACUGAAACAAACGCUGAACACACAGCCUUCGACAUCACAAGCUGAAUGUACUACCAUGUUAGCUGGGAAGGUCGAUUCAGGUGCAGGUGCAGAUGCAGAUGCAGGUGGAGGAUCCACAGCAGCCCAGCUAAAGAUGAAGAAACAACGAGUUCCUCGAAUUGGCGCAAAAUUCGAUUUGGAUUAUAUUAUACAUUGAACUCAAAAGACGAAGACAACGGGACACAUAGAAAUCACACGCAGCUCGUUGAAAUAAAUUAUCUUAAUAUUAA